GGAAGAGCAGCAGCAGCAGCCCCGCUGUCCCGACUCAGAUGAACACUCCACCGAGCCCGAUCCGCGCGCGCACGGCGAGAUGAAGGCUGCGGGCAGGCAGGUGCGCGCGAGCGGCGAGAAGCCGAACGGGGACAUGGACCGGAGGCCGAGCUACCCCGGGGAGCUGCGGGCCAAGCACGCCACCAUGUCCAGCAAGGUGUGGGUGAAGGUGGCCAUGGCCAUCGCCUACUUCCUCUGCGUGUCCGUGGCCGCCUUCAUCCUGGUCAUCUACUAUGUCUUCUUCUGGACUCCGGACGCGCACGGGAACGCGACCAGCAGCGCCGCGGCGGCGCCGAACCGCACCGAGUGCGCACCCCGGCUCGGAUGACAACAGCGGCCAGGGGCAUGCACGCACGCACGCACGCAGUGAAG